AAUCGCGGCCCUCCCCUCACGGAGGCGGUGGGGCGGCAGGGGCCGGGCCGUGCCAGCCGCCGGCGGGAUGGAGAUGGAGGUGGAGGCCGUGGAGGACGAGAAGGCCGGUCCCGCGGCGGGCGAGAAGCGCGGACUCGCCGGCGGCCAUUACGAGUUGCCCUGGGUGGAAAAAUACAGACCCGUGAAAUUAUGUGAAAUAGUUGGAAAUGAAGAUACUGUGAGCAGGUUGGAGGUCUUUGCAAAAGAGGGGAAUGUACCAAAUAUUAUAAUUGCUGGUCCCCCAGGAACAGGUAAAACCACCAGUAUCCUCUGCUUGGCUCGUGCUCUGCUUGGUCCUGCAUUAAAGGAUGCUGUUUUGGAGCUGAAUGCCUCAAAUGACAGGGGCAUUGAUGUUGUGAGAAACAAAAUCAAAAUGUUUGCCCAGCAAAAGGUCACACUUCCAAAAGGUCGGCAUAAAAUAAUCAUCCUUGAUGAAGCAGACAGCAUGACAGAUGGAGCACAGCAAGCAUUGAGAAGAACAAUGGAAAUUUAUUCCAAAACAACGCGCUUCGCACUUGCGUGCAAUGCCUCUGACAAAAUCAUAGAACCUAUUCAGUCCCGGUGUGCAGUGCUGCGUUACACCAAGCUGACAGAUUCACAAAUCCUUGCAAGGCUACUGAAGAUUGUUGAGAAAGAGAAUGUACCAUAUACAGAUGAUGGACUAGAAGCCAUUAUCUUCACAGCCCAAGGAGAUAUGAGACAGGCAUUAAACAACUUGCAGUCCACAUAUUCUGGAUUUGGCUUUAUAAACAGUGAAAAUGUCUUUAAGGUAUGUGAUGAGCCUCAUCCUCUGCUUGUGAAAGAAAUGAUACAACACUGCAUAAAUGCAAAUAUUGAUGAAGCGUACAAGAUUCUUGCCCACCUGUGGCGACUUGGAUACUCUCCAGAAGAUGUGAUUGGCAACAUCUUCCGGGUGUGUAAAACCUUUCAAAUGCCAGAAUAUCUGAAACUGGAAUUUAUCAAGGAAAUCGGGUACACUCAUAUGAAGAUAGCAGAAGGUGUGAACUCGCUUUUACAAAUGGCUGGACUGCUGGCCAGGCUGUGUCAGAAGACCGCAGCCCCCGCAGCAAGUUAAGUAUUGCAGGGAGCUGAAGCCGGCAUUCUGGGAGGUGACAGCCUGGUGCGCCAGGUCAGCAGCUCUGUGUGUGUCCUGCAUUCGGCAUGCAAUGAGCCUCUUCCCUUGGUUUCGCUAAAUCACAGACGAAUAACCAGGUUCUAUUCUAAAAAUGUUUUGUAAUUUUUUUUAUUUAGACCAAUAAAGAUUUAAAAUUUA